GGAAGAGCGGACGAGCAGAGAGGGAAACCAGAGCCGGAACCCGGUCCAUCCUAUGCUUGCCAGACCUGGAGGAUGAAGACGGAAGAGGCUCCUUCUUGUCUCCAGCAGGCCACACCCGUCCUGGGCUAUGGCUCAGAGUCCAAAAUGCGAGAGGUUUGUGCUGGCUGCAACACCCCGAUCUCCGACCGCUUCCUGCUGAGGGUGAAUGAGCGUUCGUGGCACGAAGGCUGCUUGAAGUGUGCCGCUUGCCUGCAAACUCUCUCCGGCACUUGCUACUGUCGCAACCGGCAGCUGUAUUGCAAGCAUGACUAUGAAAAGCUCUUCCAGACUAAAUGCAGUGGUUGCCUCAAAGCAGUGGCUCCCUCAGAGUUCAUCAUGCGGGUGCUGGAAAACGUCUAUCACGUCCACUGUUUCUCCUGCUGUGAGUGCGAGAGGCGGCUGCAGCGUGGCGAUGAGUUUGUACUCAAAGAAGGGCAGCUGCUUUGCCGCAGUGACUAUGAGAAGGAGAGAGACAUGCUGAGCGCAAUCAGCCCUGCUCCCACUGAGUCAGUGAAGAGUGAGGAUGAGGAUGGGAGCCACCCGCAGGGCAAAGGCAGCGAGGAAGCCAAGGACCACAAGCGCUCCAAGCGGCCACGGACCAUCCUCACCACCCAGCAGCGCCGUGCCUUCAAGGCCUCCUUUGAAGUCUCCUCCAAGCCCUGCCGGAAGGUGAGGGAGACCUUGGCAGCUGAAACGGGCUUGACUGUUCGGGUGGUGCAAGUUUGGUUCCAGAAUCAAAGGGCCAAGAUGAAGAAGAUCGCCCGCAGGCAGCAGCAGCAGCAACAGCAGGAGCAGGAGCAGCUUGGCAAUCCACGCCUGGGGACGGGAAGGGGGACUGGAAGGAGCAGCAGGCAAAGCAAUGAAGACAGCGAAGAUGGUGCCAGUGUGCACGGAAUCGAGGGUCUGAUGGUGCCAUACUCCAGGAUUGCCCAACAGCAGCUGCUUCCCCUGGAUCAGAACAGCUACAGCACAGACUUGUACCGGCAAGGACUCACCCCACCCCAGCUGCCAGGAGACCAUCUCCACCCCUAUGAUUCAGAAGGCGUCUUCCAUGACAUGGACAGUGACACCAUUGGCCAUUUGGGUGACUGCCUGCUGUCAGCGGCUGAAGCCAACCUCCUGCAGACCCGAGUGGGCAACCCCAUUGACCGGCUCUACUCCAUGCAAAGCUCCUAUUUCACCUCCUGACCGUGGGGACCUUCCUGGCUCUUCCACCUGAUCUAUGCCACUCUGGGCUUAGAAGGGUGGAACGGCACAGAGGAGCAAGCCCGUUGCAUUCGGAAGGACUCUUUGGACGCUGCAAAGUGAAGGAGGCAUGCAAGGCUGCCGGCCAUUGGAAGGCGAAGCCUUAGGUGCUGAAGUUGAGUCUCAGAGGACUUUGCUGCACUGCCUCUCCCCUUGCCCUUCACCCAGUGUCCUAGAGAUGGACAAUUUCACAUUGUGUAGCUUGUAUUUCUAGCAGUGUGUUUUUGUGCUUAAACUGUGUAGGGCAUUAAGGCUAAUUUGAUGCAUCACCAGCAGAGACGGAGACCUGGCUCAUGCUGGGGACAAGGUUUUCAGGGCCACGGGGCUGCUUUUCAUCCAGCUUGUUGUUCCUUGUUAAUACUCUGCAGCCUUAGCACAACUAAGAGCUUACUUUUCAGGAACAUGGGGGGUCUGAGAGGUGCUUUAGAAACAUUAGGUUAGUUUUAUACUUUAACUAUUAUGCCACUCUAAAGAAUUAUGGGAAAUGUAGUUUGCAGAAGGUCCUGAGAGCUCCCCACUAGAGCUACUUAAACCCCCCUCCAGAGAGGAGAAAUGAGUGUUAAACUAGAUAUGAUUAUAGUGAAGACAUGCUCUUAGAUUCAAAGUGUUCCAAGCAUCUCAAAGAGAGGGUCUAGCAGGGGGGGGGGAAUCUGUGGCCCUUCAGAGGCUGCUAAGUGGCAAUUCUCAUCAGCUCUAACCAGCAUGGCCCAAUGAUCAAAUGAUGGCAGCCAGAAUCCAGCAAUUGCCAGAGAGCCACUAGUUCCCCAUCCUUGCUGUAGAUGGAAGGCAGUUUUGCUCUCUGUUCAUCCUUUGACUCCCUUGCUCUUGAACACCUCCAUCUUCUCUUUAAGCUUUGCCCCCAAUACUUUCAAUCAGCCACUUGAUGCUUGCUGGAGAUUUCACACAAUAUAGUCCCUGCAGGAUGGUUUCAUUAGCCAAGGCAGCAGGGCCAUCUUAAGCAUAUCUGGCGCCGUGGUGCAAAGCUCCCUCCGGCACCCCCACCCCCAUUUCCCAGAGAUUUUUAGGGAGGAAGGCACUGCCGGCGGGGUUGGAGGAGGCAGGCAGGGGCUGGAGGGCGGCUCCUCCGGCGGGGAAGAGGCAGAGGCUGGACGUGGUGCCUCCUGGCUCAGCUGGCCACUUCGUGCCGCGGUCGCCAUGGCAGACGGAGGCUCCAGGCGCGACGCUGCUUUGACAUGGCAUGGCAGAGGCGGGUGAGGGUGGCAAGCUGAUGCCGGGAGGCACCACGUCCAGCCUCCGCCUCUUCCCUGGCACCCUCCAGAACUUGGCACCCUGAUGCCCCGCACCACUAGCCUCUAUGGAUAAGACGCCCCUGCAAGGCAGCACAGCAGACCUCAGAACAGUUCCUUCCAUCACCAUAGCAGCAAACAAUUUGGAUCCUCUUGUCCUGCUUAAAAACCUCCAAGGAAGGAAAGUCAGGGAGACUGUCCCACUGUUGAACAGCUCUGACUGUCAGAAAGUUCUUCCUAAUGUUUAGUAUAAGUCUCCUUUCUUGUACCUUGAAUCCAGAGCAGGAGAAAACAAGAUUGCACUCUCUUCCAUGUGGCAGUCCUUCAGAUAUUUGAAAAUGCCCAGUGUAUCUCCUCUGUGAUUCAUGAUGAUCCAUUACAAGUUACAAAAUCAUUAUAUGGAGUGAAGUCCCUUUUGUUGCUGAUGAUCUGAGAUGUGCCUGGGCAAAGCAAAUAUCUGGAAUGUGCCAGGAGGCAAAUGAUCUUGUAUAGAAAUGUCCAGUACAAAACCAGACCUCUCUUCUAGACUGGCCACCAACAUCAAUGCUGCUUUAUAAACAGC